GUUUUAGCUAGAGGACUCAUUUUGCAAAACAGGCUCUGCAUCUCUUCUUCUGUCUGAUUUUGCCUUUUUUUCUCAAACACAGCUUCUGUCACUGCUUUUUAUUUCUGUUUCCGUGUGUGAGAAAAUGGGAUUGGACACUGGAGUCAAUAUUUCAGAUGUACCAUACGGGGGAAAAAGUGCCUUCACCCAAAUGGAGCACAAUAUAGUGGCUGGAUAUCUCCUCACUGCAGGUAACAGAAGAAAGACAUCCUGUGGUGUCACUGAAAGAGUCUGAAUGAUGGAAAUGAUCUACGUUAAUGCUGCUUUUUUUUCUUUUUGUGUUUUCCUGCAGAGUUAGGACAGAGUGAUAAUAUUUAAAAGACCCUCAAAUCAGCAAGUGUUUAAAUAAAAACUCAACGUAUUAGACAUUGGAAGUUCUAACUAUCACAGUGGUAUAUUCUUACUGGCUCUGGCAGUUCUGAGUGAUGAUCAGGAUGGUCUGUGUGAGUGACAGUGCAGUCACAUCCAUGUCCAGUCUGCUGUUACAGACACGAAAACUUUUGGUGAAACUAUUAGUCUGUGAUACAGAAUAAGUUUGAAAAUCUUUUUUGUUGAUGGGCACAUGACCUCCAAGUUUUAGAACAAAAUCUUUGCAGUACUUUGGAUGAUAACAGACGUGACUGUUUUAAUCAAGAGUAAUAUGAAGUCUAUAAUGAUUGACAAGAAUAGAUAUGAGCUGGUACAAAGUGCUAGUGUUGGUCUGUACACAUGAAUCACAGUGCAACCAUGCCACUUAAAAUAUUACAGGGUCAGUUCACCAAAUUAUAACUUCCAGCUGUAUGGGUGUCAAUAUUUCCAGCGUGCAGGGUUAGGGUUAGGAUGUGUGGUUUAAAAUAUAACAAAGCUGCUGGUAAAGAUAAAUGACCGUAAUCCACCACAUUCUUGAGAUUAAGUGCUAUGUAAUAUUACUCUACCAAGACGGUGUUAAGGUUUAUCACUUACCAAUUGUUUGACAGAGACAUUUAGGAGCUAAAACAAUGACUGACAGAAUCAGUGAAUUUACAGCACUUAAUUAUGACCCACCGUUUCUCAGCGGAGACUCUAGGUCAGACCAGCUGACAACAAAUUUAGACCAUUAUCCCAAGUGCCUUUUUAUUAUCAUUAUUAUAGUUUAAUCCUGCACAAUCAGGAUGUAAACAAGCACAGAUGGCAGUUGGCAUCUUGUUGCAUGGUGUGGUUUGUUAGUGCAUCAAUCUAGACAAUGGAGGUGCAGUUUUAAUUAUGUUGUAUCUGGUUAAACUGACAUCUUAACAUUAAGCUGUAUAAAAGUGUAACCUGCACAGACAUGUGAACAUAAACCCAUAAACCUGCAGGAAGGACUGAGGCUGGAGGUACUUGCUCUGCUAAUGUUUACCUUGUUUGUUUGCUAAUGUUUACCUUACCUUGCAGACCCUGUGAUGUUAGGCUGUGUUGGGCUCAGCCUCUUUAUACAGCAAAGAAAUCCUUCAUUUCAAAACAAACCUAACUUCCAGAUGAAUCAAGUGUACCAGAUCAUAUCAGUUUCCCCCCAAUAUCAACAAUGUAUUAAAACUCCAGUGAGGAAUGUUUGAUUUAUGUUGAUUUUGGUGUCCUCUGUGGACACAGCAGUCUUAGUUUACGCUGUCCUCUACAUGCUUAAGUUGUACUGACUUUUGGCAGUCAAAUGUAUCAUUUGAUGUAAAUAUAAAUGAUGGAAAAUGGACAAACAGGCUUUUCCUUGGUCUGUGUAUUUGGUGGCCAACGAAUUUUCCUUUUCGAAUGGAAAAUAAUUAAAAUCGGGAGACGAGCUGUCUCCCAACAACAGGUAGGGAAUCUGAAGACAAAAAACGGAAAGCAAGCCGUUUUUCAUUUUGAUCAUCAAAAUCAAUGAGAAUGAAAAUACAACUCAGUACUUGACUUUCUGUGAUGUGGCUUUUAAUGGAAAUCGAAGAUCAAAGAAGAAAUCGAAGUUGUGGAAAAUAAAUCAUAUCUUGCUUGCUUCAAGUCACAACUUCCAGGUCACAACAAAAAAAGCAAAUAAAACUUGAAACACAAGAUUUCCAUGCACGUAUAUUGAUCUUUUUCAUUUGAAAACGAAAAUCAGUUGGCCGCCAAGUAUAUAAACCUUUCUUCAGCUGCUUCAAAGACACCUCCCCCUUGUGCCUGUUUCAUAAAUUAAUGUCCAUAUAAAACAAUUGCUAACAGCCUUGUUUGCACUUAAAUAUCAUAAAAAAGCAUCUACAUUAAUUUCAUUUUAUUUCAUAAACACAUGCAAAAAAAAAUAAAAAUCUUCAGGAGCUUUAGACACUUAAUCCUCAAUUGAUACAUAAUUUUCCUUUUAUUUUGUUAAAAAGUUUUAAAAAGUUUGUAAAAAAGUUUAAAGUUUCCAUUGGCCACUUGAGGCAAUGCAAUGUGCAUAGACUGUAUAAACAUGGAAAUAAGCUGAGUCCAAGGCUGUGUCCCUCAAAAGUCUCAAUUAAAGAGAUCACAUUAUUGCAGUGUAUUCAAGGAUGAAUACAGCUGAUAAAUGAGUCCUACUUUUCCUGGGAUGCACCAGAUGCUUGGACUUCACGUUGAAUAAAAGUACUUUGUUUCUACUCAUGAUCACCUCUGGCUCCAAAUUAAAAAGAUGGACUUGAUUUUCUGCACCUUACAAUAAAGAUCCACCCCCCUGUGUGUUUUACAGCUUCAGUCCACUCUUGACUGUCAGUCUUUGCUUCAUUUCCAACCAGGAGUUUUUCACAGCUGACCUGUCAUAGAGGCACAGGUGGGACUGUGUGCACUAAUGUUGGCUCUGCCCCAACAAUUACAAUUAAGAUGGAUGCCUCAAAGUGAAGCUCAGACAGAAGAUAUGACAAGAGGUUUCAGACCUAUGAUGUUAAAGUUAAGUUUACGCAGGAGGUCUAUGUGAGGGAGAUUUAAAAAGUUUAACUCUUUAGUGCACCUCAGAUGCAUGUUUGUAAUCUUUUGUUGUGUCUUCUCUUCUUCUAUUGGUAAAUCUCAUACGCUCAUCAACUGAGUUUGAAUGUGAAGGCUUGUUAAUAGAUAAAUGAAACAUUUUCAUUUAAAUUGAAUAAAACUAGAUGAAAAACUUGUCUCUAUCAAAUCCAUCAAUAAUGCAUCCCUAAUGCUGUGCUAGGCCAGGCUCUGGGGGAUCAUGUAAUGCUUAUUCUAGUGGACAGCAUGCUAUCAUUUAUCAUCAAGAGGCACAUCUUUAUUUUUUGAAUUUCCUUUAUUUGAAGGUGAUGCAUAAAAACACGAUGCAUGUUUCUCUUCCUUAUGCUCUUCUUCUGUCUUUUGUCCUCUUCUCAGGUGUUCUCAGUCUUUCAAGUAACAUUGUGGUUCUGCUAAUGUUUGUGAAGUUUAAGGAGCUCCGCACUGCCACCAACUACAUCAUCAUCAACCUGGCAUUCACUGACAUCGGAGUGGCUGGUAUCGGCUAUCCCAUGUCUGCCGCGUCAGACCUGCACGGCAGUUGGAAGUUUGGCUACACCGGAUGUCAGGUGGGAGGAAUUUUAGUGCCCCCUGCAGGCAGAUUACUCUUUUGAGCAAAAAUCUCAUCCCCCUGACUUAUUUCAUGCUGGGAAUCGUAGAAACAGCUGCACCAACCACCCUCUCACUAGUUCAAGACUCACCAACCCUGUCACUGAAGGUCUUGUUUGCUUCUCGAUAUUGUGAAAGGGUAUCAAUAUAGAUUUCAGUCUGUUUCCUAAACAUGAAAAACUCCUCACAGGAGCUUUAAGCACUGUCAAAUGUAUUUUAUAUAACCUGGUAAACAUGGUAAUAAAUGCUGGUAAAAUGGAAAUACCACUUCCCUGCACACUAAGACAAUAAUAUAAUCCACACACUGCCAAAUGUCCCCUUUUCACAAGAACUUGAAUCGUGACUAUCUCGUUUAGUCCCAGAUUCUGUCAGGGUUUUUUUUUUAUUAUUUCUCCAGAACCAAACAUGAGAACACCAAUAAGCUGAAAUACUCUUGUUGAAUGCAUGGUGGGUUAAGUUUUAAAUCUAAAUUAUUAACUGAAAAAUAAAAUGACUGCACAGGGUAAAAUAAUGUGUAACAGUAGCAGCUUAGGGUCCAAAAAAAAAACCCCCUUAUUUAAAGCUGAAAGUAAAACAGCUGCAGAAAGUUUGUGUGCUCCAGUUUAAGUGAAAGAGUUAAAUAUUUUCACAAACAGUGAUUGUUAUUUUCCCACAUGACGUUGAAGUUAAACUGUUCCUCACUCUCGUGGUGUUGCAUGUCUCGUGCAAGUUUCCUAAAUCCCUCAAAAUUUCGUAAUGACUAACGUGACACAUUCUGAGCUGGACAUGAGACCGAAUCCUUGAGCAGCUGAAGCUCUGCAGCCAGCCGCGUGUUAGGAUUCUUACUGCAGAUUAGGAGGUUUUUCUUCAGUACCCUGUUAUUGCACAGUAACACUGAGCCAUGUGACGCUAAUCUAAAGAGAGAAACCCUGGAAAGCCAGACCCAGCAGUGUGGCUGUUUUAUUUACUGACAGCUAAGAGUGGUUUCUCAUGAAUGCAGAAACACUCCUUUAGUGUUGCUGCCUCCAUCAGAGAGCUCCUUAAUGAGCUCAGGAGUGAUGGAGAACCUUUUUUAGUUCAUCUCUCUGUGAGAAAUGAUCACUGUGAACCCUGUUGCUAGGUAAAAUACAUGUUUCAAGAGCUGCAAUUGGUUAAUUCGCAAUAGACCUUUUUCACAGUACGUAGAAGUGUGUUAGCAUGUAGUGGAGCCAUUAGCAUCGCCUAUAGACGGCCAUUCAUCUUUCACGAUAUUACCAAGCUCGCGAUUCGUUUUUUUGAAAGGUAAUGUAAAAUCUUGUGCUUUGUGCUGUUUUACUAACUCCUGUUCUUCAAAAUACUGUCCGGAUUUUGUACUUUACUUCUCGGGAAUUAUGUUUAAUAGGUCAUUACUGAAGAGCAAUGGUUACCAUCAUCAGAAAAUUUCCAGACCUAUUAAACAUAAUUCCCGAAAAGUAAAGUACAAAAUCCGGACAGUGUUAUGAAGAACAGGAGUUAGUCAAACAGCACAAAGCAUAAAAUUUUACAUUGGCCUCACACCGUCCACGGGAUUCGGCGCUGGGCUCUUCCCUCUUCGUUUGCCGCUACUGAGGGAAUCCUGGUUAGUUUCUUUUCCUCCGCUUAGUAAUAUGCUUAGAUUCAGCGGGUUGUCUGAUAUGAGUUCGUAGUCGGAGGAUGGGGGUCGGGGAGCGGGGGCCGAAAGGACCCCCAAUUUCCCUGUCCGCUCCCAGCGCGUCCGGCCGCUCCACCAUACUACCAUACUACAAUGUGGGCGUGUCUAGUAUCUGAAGUAGUAUCUGAAGUAGCAUGCUACUCGCUCCGGUGGCCAAUUCGGACAUGCUACAUACUACUUCGACUACUACUUUGACUACUACUUGGCAAUUCAGACGCAGCACCAGUUUGUUGUCCCCAGAGUCCGAACUGAAAUGGGAAAGAAGACUUUCAGGUUCUCUGCCCCCUCUGCAUGGAAUAAUCUGCAGACUGAAUUUAAGCUGCAAAACUUGGUGUCUUUGACUGUUUCUAAAUCUGCAGUUAAAAGGCUGGAGUACAAACUCUCAGAAUGUCGCUGUUUUAACUGAUGUUUCCUCACAUUUUUAUUCCGUAUUGAGUCUGUGUGACUGUUUGUUGUAACUAUGUACUGCUGCCAUUCUUGGUCAGGUCUCCCUUGCAAAUGAGAUCCUCAGGUUAAAUGGUUAAAUAAAAAUAAAAUAAACAAAAUCCACAGCAGAACCGUCCAACUAUAGACAUUAUGUACAUAAACAUAUAUGAUGUCUAUGAGGUUAAUGCUGCUCCACUGCUAAACUGAAUGAACACAAUAGAGGGAGCAGGGCCAAAGCAUUGAGCUCUGCCCAUAGACUGUAUAUACUAUGGACAACUUGGGUCCGCCUUCCGUCUGUAUACGGAUUUGAAGCCAAAAAGCUCUAGGUAUUUCUGGGAUUUUUCUUCAUUUCCUGAAACCAGCGCUGUGCAGUAGUGAUGCGCGCAUUCGGCCGCACAGUCGCAGAGAGUUAGCCUGGCUGGGCCAUCCUGUUGCGUGAAUCACUUGAUGUUCCUUGACUCUGCAAAGUCGGCAGAAACCGUUUAUAUCCGACGUCUUCUGCGGAUAUAAACGAUUUCUGCUGACUUUGCAGAGUCAACUGCAGAAUUAAUGGCGUUCUGAAUGAACGGGGAUUUGAAAAGUCCCGCAGCAUGUGUUAGACGUCACCACUACACAUGGACCAAUCAGGGGCUGCCUUUCCCUGUUGUCCAGGUAACAGUGGAAACACGAAGGGCCGAAGUCCAGACUGUGGUGGGAAGGAACAUCAAGUGAUUCACGCAACAGGAUGGACCAGCCAGGCUAGCACAGAGUCGCUGUGAUGACGCUCGGCUCAAACAGCGUAUCCCCCGGGAGAGCUACUCAAUCCCUGAACGCCCAUAGGCUGUAUCUGGUGUCAAUCAUAGCAAACAUUAACCCCCUAAUAACUUUUAAAAAUGGAUCUUCACAGAAAAAAGAGGACUUGAGCACAAACCAGUGUUACAAUAACUACAUGUCAACAUCGCAAGCAGGGGGGAAAAAUGUAUGUUCUGUGUAAUAAAUUUCUAAAGUCGGUCCACAGCCCCAUAAGCUUUGCUUGCGGAGGUGGGAUUUAUGACCUAUACUGCAGCCAAACAACAGAGGGUGCUGUUCUCGGAGUGGCUUCACCCAGCAAGGAGGCAGACGGCGUCCAUUCUAUAUGGCUCUGCCCCUAGCCAGCUUUGAGAAAGCCUUUGGAGAUGUGGCCAAUCAGAAGACAGUAGGCUUGUUAAGGGGGGACCUUAAAGAGGCAGCAGCUAGAAUGAAGCGUUUCAGACAAAGGCUGAGAUAAUAUUUUUAUACACCAUUGUUAGAAAUUUGAGGCUGUUUUAAAAACCUAAAUCAUGUGAAGAUAUUACAGAGGUAUCAGAAGGGAAGUAAAGAGUUUAAAAAAAUGCAUAAUACCCCCUCCUUUAAGAUAUACUCUUGAUUGUUUGACAAAGACUUCUGCAUCAAAACUUUGACCCAGAGAAAACAGUACGGGGUGAAUUUAUAGUACGCUGUCAAUCACUUUGACCGACUCCUCCCCUUAACUCGUGAUUUCAGACUUUAAAAUAGAGACAUCAGUAUUCAUUUCAUUCUGAUUUGUGACAAGAUUAAACUCUUUACAGCGUCUUUUUAAAUUUAGUUUUAUGAAUUACUUGUUUUUUUUGCUGUCCUUUUAAUGUCAUUUGUGACUUGAAAAAAGUGCUCAAUUUAAUUAUACUCUCAGUUAUACAAAGGCACAGUGUGUAGUCUUUAGGGUUAGGUUUAGAAUAUCACAUUUAUACAUGUCUUAAAAUUUGCUUGAGUAGAAUUUAGCAUCAUUUUAUCUAGAGUAUUUGAAUAUAUUAUGCAAAGGUUUGUUUAAAUUAGUUUAUAUUGAACAAAAUAUCUUGAUCCCUUAUUUCUGAUGGCUUAAAAAGUCUUAUAUUAGAGUCUUAUAUAGAAGCAGCGGGUCCUCACUGUGAAGGCUGCCAUGUUUUUCUACAGUAGCUCAGAAUGGACAAACUAAAAGGAAGCAAACACAUUUUGUUAAUUACUAGGUGGAAAACAGAGAAGGUAGGGUGAGAGCAGCUGUUGUUGCAUUAAAUGAAUUUAUACUGGGAAAGCUUUUGAUGGUAAAAACCUGACAAAUGGAGGAUCAUAGCUUUUUAUAUGUGGCCCAAAUACUUUAUCGUACACAAGAAAAAUUGGCUUUGUUUAAGAUUAUUUUGCUAAUCUCAGUUUGUGUUACCAAAACAAUGAAAAACUCACAAUCACUAAUUCUGAGCUACAUGACUUGUGUCUGUUGUGGGUAAUAUCAUCUCUUUUUCAUUCAGUGUUAGAGUAAAAAAAAAAUUUGACAUCAGUGUCAACACCUCACAUCUGAACAUCGAAAGAGUUAUAAUUAUAAAGUCUGUUUCAAAAGUUUAUCCUGAAGUGUUUCUUCUCUGCAGAUCUAUGCAGCUCUCAACAUCUUCUUCGGGAUGGCCAGUAUUGGCCUGCUGACCGUGGUGGCCAUCGAUCGCUACCUCACCAUCUGCAGACCGGACAUAAGUACACAAAACCAUCAGUCGCAAUCAUCAUCACAAUGAGGAUAAAAUCAGAACUGUUGAAGAUCACAUGUCUUUUUGUCCUGAUUUCUUGGUUCCACCUAAUCUGUCUCUAGAUGACAGCAUGUAGAAAAGAGAUGUUUCAGACAUAAAUUAACAACCUGUGUUCACACUGUGGGCCUUCCUCUGUAAGUCAUGGUACGAGGCUCAAAUGUUGUCCAUUACCAUUAUCUGGGUUUGUAAGUCCAACUAAGGAGGGUUUGAUGAGUGCGAUUUCAAUCAGACUAAUACUGUAUUUUAUUGUAGUAUACAUACUUUAGAUUUACAGGAAAUUACUGACUACUGAGUUGCAGAUAUGAUACAGUAACAAUGUUAAAAUCACAGAUAAAUAUUAUGAGUAUGGUACAUUAUCAUACUUUAAUUAAGCAAUAAAAGAAAGUAAUUUUACAGUAACGUGGGGGUUAUGUUCACAUAAAAAUACAGCAAAGUCCUUGUAAAGUAAUUUUAAUACUUAUUACAAUAUCAUAUUGUAACUUGAAAUAUAAUACCAUCACAGUAUGAUUGCAUCUGGGUUGCUGUGGAAACACAGUAUGUUACUGUAAUUUUUAAUAAAUUUGCUGUAAAAUAAUCACAAUAUGGUACUUUAAAUUUACUGCAGUUAUUAGCCAAUAAUUUACUGUGAAAAUACUGUAAAUUUUUGGGCAUUGUGCAUGUGUUUCAAAACUCCAUUUCAGUUACACUGAUGCAAUGAAUGGAGUUUUUCAACAACAUGUAAACACUGAUAAAUAUUCAAAGACUGAAGAUUGUCUGGACUCUUCACAUGGCUUGUUUGGUCCACAGAUAAUGACUUUUAUGGUCUGUUAUUGAUUGAAAAGAGGGUAGAGGGAGAUGCAGAAAGAGAGGGCUGGACAGAGACAACAACUAAAGUACAGAAAAACAAAAGGGUGAAAGUGUGUGUAAUAUCUUAGUCUGUUUUUGAGAACGUGUGCUCUUCAUCCCUCCAGAGCAGAAAAUGACGGGGCGAUCAUACAACCUUCUUAUCCUGGCAGCAUGGCUGAAUGCUGUCUUCUGGUCCACCAUGCCCAUAGUGGGCUGGGCGAGUUAUGCCCCUGACCCAACCGGAGCCACUUGCACCAUCAACUGGAGGCAGAAUGAUGCGUGAGUUAACAGGAGGCUGCUUGAUGAUCUCUGAGUUUAGGGGGUAGCCUCAGGAGAAAGUUUAAAACCUGCUUUUUCCUCCUCCUCAGCUCCUUCAUCUCCUACACCAUGGCUGUGAUUGCUGUGAACUUUGUGGUGCCACUCGCUGUUAUGUUUUACUGCUACUACAACGUGUCAGCCACUGUGAAGAGAUACAAAGCCAGCAACUGUCUGGACAGCAUCAACAUCGACUGGUCGGAUCAGAUGGAUGUCACAAAGGUAAAAACUGAAAAAAGUGAGAUAAGUCCUCUAAACUGGCAUAAGAGUAUGGCUGCUUUUAAACUUCAACACAGCAUCCAAACCUUUAAUGCAGAAAUGCCUGAAAUUGUUUCUGUCUAAAUCUGAACUCUGCUGUUUGAAAAAACAAAACAGAGCUCAGAGGAUGUCCACUUCCUGUUUGAUUAUUACCUCAAACAUUUCCUCAAUGUUGCAUGGUCUCAGUUUGUUUUGGAACCUGAAUUUUACUGAAAAUGCACUUCACUAAGAGGGCAAUAAACUGGUCUCUGCAGCAUCUUUUUUGUUAUUAUUAUUUGCAAAUGUUGAAUCAAAUGCUUUGGCGUCUGCAGGAAAAAAACUGUCAGUAUGGAAAGCAAAAACAGGAGGGACAUAAACCAUCCAAGAAAAUCUGAUUAUGUUUAUUGAUCUUUCUCAAUCUACGUGCAAGUAGGCCACAGCAAAUGAUCUUAUCAGCAUUUAGAUUUCUAGAUGUCCCUGAAUGCUGCAGACAUGGUGGAUCUGACCUCCAUCCAACAAACAAACAUUUUCAAAGUAGUUUUCUUCUCCCCUUGAGGACAGACAAAGCCGACAAAGCUGGACUCUUGAUUUUUGACGAAUCUGACUAAAUUAUAUUAUUAUUAAAGCAGACUAAAGACCCACAAAUGAGAAAAAAAAUUAAAAGAAAAUCAGUUUCUUUCCAGGUUUCUGCUGCUGACAUACACUAGAGUGAAGUGUUUACAGUGAAACCUAGACAGUGUGGUUGUGGAAACCUGGACUAAGAUGGUGGGAAAUAUGGAUUUGCUGACCUCUUGGCCAGGUCACCCUUGUAAAAGAGAUCUCGAUCUCAAUGGGUUAUAUAUAUACAGUAUAUAUAUAUAUAUAUAUAUAUAUAUAUAUUGAUAUUGCUGUCCAUAUGGUAAGGAUUUGCUUUUCUAUGUUUCUUGGGUGCAGAUGUCUGUGGUGAUGGUCCUGAUGUUCCUGGUGGCCUGGUCUCCAUACUCAUUGGUGUGUCUCUGGGCAUCUUUUGGGGACCCUAAGACAAUCCCGGCCCCCAUGGCUAUCAUCGCUCCUCUCUUUGCUAAGUCCUCAACUUUCUACAACCCCUGCAUUUAUGUCGUUGCCAACAAAAAGUAUGUUUUUCUCUCUUUGUUAUUACUUCAUACAUGCAGACUUCUUGUUGUGUUGCUGUCUUUGUUGAGCUGUGAGCAGAUGAUACAUUUAAAGACAUAAAUGUUUCUCUCCCGCAGGUUUAGGAGAGCCAUUAUAGGUAUGAUUCGGUGUCAAACCAGGCAGCGAAUCACCAUCAACUCCCAGGUUCCCAUGACAACCUCCCAACAAACACUAACCCAGUGAGGUGAAGCUGCCUCUGUAUCCCGUGUAUGGAACUAUUCUGACAUUAAACCAGGUGUAGAGGAUUGGCAGGAUGAAAAUGAAUGACUGUUUUUCUUUCUAUUGUAGUUUUUUUUUUCUUUCAGUUUGUGGUGUUUACUGUGUAAAUCUCACUCACUGUGCUGCCGUAGUCAUUGUUUGUUUGCUGGUUACUUCAAUAACAAACUGACGAUAAAAAUCCCUCUUUGUCUGGACUGAAUACUUCAUGUUUCAUCAGUCUCACCUGACUCUGUUCAACUCUCCUCUCUGAACAGCCCUAUACAGUUUUCACAUACGGAGGAGAUGAAUCCAGUGAAAGCAGUUCAUGCAGAUCUAUUGCUUUCAUAUAAUGCAGAUGUAUGUUUACAACAUCUUUAAAAUACCCAUAUUGACAUAUAUUAAAAUGAAUAUAUACAUUAUCUGUAAAGGCC